AUGGAACAAGAAUCGCUUACAGCAGAUGAAAUUGCGUUGUACGAUAGGCAGAUUAGGCUAUGGGGUAUGGGGACUCAGUUGAGAUUGAGAUCAGCUAAAGUACUUGUUAUCAAUCUUAGCGCAGUCGGUACAGAGGUGGUGAAAAACUUGGUUCUAGGAGGAUUAAAUUCCUUGGAAAUUCUUGAUUCUUCGAAGGUUAAAGAAGAAGACUUUCUGGCGCAAUUUUUCUUGCCCAAUGAUGACAGUAUCGUUGGUGACUUGAAAUUAUUGCAUGCCUUGCCGCAGAUUCAAGAAUUGAACAACAGGGUUACCAUAACUUCCAACACUAGACCGUUGAACGAAAAUGAGGGUUCCUAUUUCAAGAAAUUUGAUUUGGUUAUCGCCACAGAGCUCUCAUCGAAGUCUGAGAUCUUAUGGUUGAAUGGAAUCACCAGGGAACUGAAUAUACCUCUAUAUGUAUCAGGGUUGCAUGGUAUGUUUGGUUACAUCAUCAACGAUUUGAUCAGGCAUGAAUCAGAGGCGGAGAGAGAAAUUGGGAACCAACCUAGGGUGGUUGGUACUCUGAUAUCCGGUAACAAGACUAUAAUAGGAGUGCAAUAUAAUAAGUUAACCAAUAAGGAACUCGUCAAAGUUGAAGAUGUAUACUCACAAUUGGAUAAUGUGCUAUCCUCCAAAAAGGUAUCUUCCCAAUUGAAUAAAAGACAAAUGAGAAGACUCUCCGCUUCAUUACCUUUAAUAUUUACUCUAUUUGACUGGCAACGUCCAACUGAUAUUGAAGCUGAUUUAGACAACUCGAAAUUGAAGGCUGCUGCAAUAAAUAUGUGUCAGCAUCUCAACAUCCCAAGUACCGUUAUUACUGAUGAGUACGUGGAAUUGGUGUGCAAGCAGGCAUUUACCGAAUUUUCUCCUACUGCUGCCAUAUUAGGAGGCUGUUUAGCUCAGGAUGUGAUUCAAUUCCUAAGCAAGAAGGAAUCACCAAUUAACAAUUGUUUAAUCCUUGACGGAAUAAGAUCAGAAAUGCCAAUUUAUAGUUUAUGA